AUGGACUGUGACAGAGGAGGAAAUUACAAAAAGAAAAAUGAAGUUGCGACCCCUUUUGAUGGCAAUUAUACUAUGAGGCUUAGAUGUCCAUUUAGGCUGAGAUUUGUUUCGAGUGGUAUUGGUUGGAAGGUGGUGGUUAAAUGUGGGAUGCAUAAUCAUAGACUAGAUAAGGAUAUGUUAGGUCAUGACAUCUUGGGCCGUCUAAAAGAUGAUGAAAGAAGUACAAUAUGGCACCAAGGCAAGAGAGAUGCAUUAACAGAAAUGCAAAAGUUAUUGAGCCUUAUUUACCAGGAGAAAUACAUGUGUUGGUCUAGAAAUAAGGAGAAUUCAGAUAUUGUGGCUGAUAUCUUCUGGACACACCCUGACUCUGUCAAGUUGUUAAAUAUGUUUCUUUUAGUGUUGCUUUUUGAUUGCACGUACAAGACAAAUAGGUACCGGCUACCACUGCCUGAGAUUGUUGGCGUUACAUCAACAAAAUUGACUUUUUCAGUUGCUUUUGCAUAUUUGGAACAUGAAAGGGAUAAAACUUCACAUGGGGUGGAGUCUGCACAUUGGAGACUGAAGAACAUGUUGAAUAUAAGUCGUGGUGAUUUAUGUGCAAGCUGGGAGGCUGUGAACACAAUGUUAAAGUUGCAGCUAGAAUAUGAGGGUAAGGAGAAAUGGAUGAUGAUUCCCGAUAUGGGUUACCCUAUUGCUUCUAAGUACAGUGUAGUAUUUGUUUCUAUUUCCAUGUUAAUGAACAUAACAUUUUUCCCACUUCUCAUAGCUCCACCCCCAUACACGAGUCGACAUACAAUCAUUGUUAUUGGUUUUGUCAACCAUAAUCAUUGGGUUCAAGUGAAGUUGAGACCCGUUUGUCCACUGCCUCCAAUCACUGAUCGUUGGAGGAAGAAUUAUUCUGAUAAUGCCAAAACAUGGGAAUCAGCAUAUGCUGGUCGACUCAGACACUGGAAAGAAUUGUCUAGGAAUCCAGACAUUGGGAAUAAUUGUUCUAAUGAUGCAAAAAAUGUAGUUUUGUUGUAA